AUGACAACGUGUCUGUGCAAUAUGACUUUCAUGUAUCCAUUUCAUGGACAUCUCAAAGUAGAGGAGGGAAAACAUUCAAAAGGGAGGGGGAGGAGGAGGAAUUACUGUUACAGAGAGGGGGGGGAUUUGUGUGAGGAACAAAUGACGGAAGCGGCUCCAUGCUUCGUGACUGAGAGCGGGGUGCGGUUUGACCACAACGUAGAGCGUGCUGAGUUUAACCAAUACUGGUACUCCAUCCACACCAUUGAUGCACUCAUAGGUGAGGUCCGUCAUCAUGCAACUGCAUGUGCUUUCCUCUCGACUCCAUCGCUGUAUUUUGCAAUGAUUGCAGCUGACAAGAAUGGUGGGGACGGUAACACGGAAGAGGCCUCCAAAGGUGACAGUAAUGCAAAGUCCGCUCUAGUUCGGGACAGUCGUCUUUUUGAGUACGACAAACAGUGGAAGGACGACACCGGUUUUGUCUUCUACGACUUUCAUCGACCGGAGGAGGUCCCCGUGCAGUACUUUGGUGCCUUCGACUACGUUGUAGCUGAUCCGCCUUUCAUCACAGAGGACGUAUGGACAGCGUACAUUCAAACGGCCAAGCUCCUUUUGCGUAACGGAGGAAAGUUACUCUUCACAACUGUGAUGGAAAAUCAUACCAUGUUGGAAGGACUGUUGGAUGGGCCACUAUUCAUUGCAACCUUCCGCCCAGCUAUUGCACACCUUACCUAUCAGUACGUUUGUUUCACCAACUACAGACCCACACGACUGUCGCAGGUGAAUGAGGAGCUUCCACCUGAUGAUCCGAAGAUUGUGGCCGCUAUACAAAUGGCGAACGACCUGCGCGAGUCGGAAAAGGCUUUUGUUGCUCAGGCACAACAGCGUGAUAGACGUGGGGAGCAACCGCUUCCCGCCACUUUGCGCACCAACACUGUAGAAAGUGCACUGAAGGGUGAUACGGCAACAGGUCGUGAAGCCGAUAUUGCAGGAAUUCCCAUCAGCGCAAUGAAAUGGGGUUACAUCCCCGAUGGUUUGGCGGUGUACGCAAAUGGUGAUCAUUUCGUUCCUUCGGCGGCUGCUGUUGAGGGCGCUGGCUGCAGUCAAGAGGAGGAAGUGGACUAUGGCGAAACAUAUUCUCUUGUGGCGGCACUGCGGGAGGUAAUUGACAACUUCAAACGGCACGUUGAUGUGCUACAGAAGUCUUUGGAUCAAAUGCUGAAGCUACAGCUGAAGCGCGCCAAGAUGGAGGCACAAGGUGAUAACGCGGCAGAAGCAGCGGCAUCAGCAACAGCAGCAGCAGCAGUGAAUGAGGUGGACGCUGCAUUAGUUUCUUGCAAAGAGCAAUUCGAUGGUAUGCUCGAGGAGAUGCGCGGAAUGAUUGAGAACAUUGAGACAAUGGAAACUCGAUUGGCUGAUGUGGGUGGCGAGGUGGCCGUUACGUAUGUGGGUGCCAUGAAGGAAUGUGUUGAGGCAUAUGCCAACGUUCCUUUACAGAAGCAAAAACUAAAUGAACUGGCGGCGGAUGCUACGCGGAAGUACAAGUCUCCGCUUUUCAACCGUAUGAAGGAGCUGUUGCAAUGGAUAAAGGAUAUAAAGAAAAAUUAUCAACUGCAACAGAGGAAUGGAGAGGGCGGGAAAUAA